UUUGAAACGGACACUCAAUUCGAGUCGAAAAGUUGGUGUGUAAUAUAUGCAGUGAUAAUAAUUUCGUUGUUGUUGUGCGUUGUUACAAAAAGUUGCAAGCUUUUCAUUUUUCCAAAUCGCAUAAAUUGAUUCGAUACUUCUAUUCAAUUUUUGAAUUAAUUUCAAGCAAUAUUUUUUUUUUGCAAUCGUUUUUAUUUGAAGUUAGGUUGGCGAUUCGAUAUUUUAUUUCACAAAACGGAAAUCAUGAAACCCAUCGAACCAAAUAAUUUUCACGUCAUUGAUGAACCGCUCGAUGCCAUCGAUGUAAUUCGCCAACAAUCAAUAUCUGGCGAUAUAAACGAUGAACCUUUGUACAUUUGUGAUAUCUCCGACAUCAUUAAUAAGCACAGCAUUUGGAAGCAACGCAUGCCACGAGUCCUUCCAUUUUAUGCUGUGAAAUGCAAUGAUAGCCCUAUCGUGAUCCAGACUUUGGCUAGCUUGGGAACCGGUUUUGAUUGUGCAUCGAAGGGAGAAAUUGCAAAAGUCAUGAGUUUUGGAGUGGCACCACAAUCGAUUAUCUAUGCCAAUCCAACCAAACCGAAAUCGCAUCUCGAAUAUGCGGCUGAAAUGAAUGUCAGCGUUAUGACAGUUGAUAGUGAUUUUGAACUACACAAAAUCAAAGCACACUAUCCACAUGCAAAUUUGGUUCUACGGAUUCGUUGUGAUGCUAAGGUUGCUCAAUGUCCACUUGGUGAAAAAUACGGCUGCAAUCCGGAUACUGACGGGAAAGAUCUCAUUGAAUUGGCUAAAUCGUUGGGAUUAAAUAUGAUUGGAAUAAGCUUCCAUGUUGGAUCUGGUUGUAUGGACCCAUCUGCGUAUGCAAAGGCAAUUCAAGCAUCCCGCAAAUUAUUCGACUUUGCGAAAAUUAUUGGCUAUAAUUUCACAUUGUUGGAUAUAGGCGGAGGCUUUCCAGGUGAUAGGGACACUGACAUCAAAGAGAUUGCAUCGAUUGUCAAUCACAAUGUUGAUUUACUUUUCCCAUCACCAGAUGUAACCAUUAUCGCUGAACCAGGUCGAUUUUAUGUAUCGUCUGCUUAUACACUUGCUUGUCAGGUUCACUCGAAGCGUGUGGUUCGUCAAAACGGCAAAUUCGACUCUGUGAUGUAUUACAUCAAUGACGGUGUAUAUGGAUCAUUUAAUUGCAAUUUGUACGAUCAUAAAAUUGUGCAUCCAACUACUUUGAAAUCUGCCGACGAGGAGUUGUUUAAAAGUUCAAUUUGGGGUCCAACAUGCGAUGCUCUUGAUCAGGUUUGUGAAAAUGUUUCAUUGCCGCGAUUAAACAUCGAUGAUUUCAUCAUAUUCGAAGAUAUGGGCGCAUACACCAUUCCAAUUGCCAGCCCCUUCAAUGGAUUUCCACUACCCAGAAUCGAGUACUAUGUGCAACGCAAGCAUUUGGAAGACAUUAAUGCAACAACUGCUAGCCAUGAAUACAUCUUAUUGCGCGGCAAUUAGUGAACGAAAAACAAACCCAAAUACGAAACAUCAAUGCAUUAUGGUAAGGGGAAGAAGUAAACAUGGAAAACAAUUGAGAGAAAAAAACAACAACAACAUAAGCACAUUACCUUUUAAAGCACUUGUAAUCAUUCACAAGCACGUUUUGGCAACCGAGUAAAUUCAAGUAGAACAAAAAUAAUAUGUAUACGUAUUUGAAAACAACACAUGUUUGAUGGUAAUGAAAAUCCACUUAUUCAUGGAAUUUGGGCCAGAUGGAAUUUGGUCCCGAACCGAAUUGCAAAUUUGAAAUGAUUAUCAUUAAGUUUUCAUUUCGGUACCGUUUCCCAAAUAUUUUAUUGACAUCCAAAUUUUGAACAUAUAAAUUGAAAAAAAAAAAAAAUACGAACAAAAUGUAGCGUGUACUAGUUGAAAUGUUUGUCCAU